GAGGGCGGAGUCACGAGCCGAGCGGCCAAACUUCUUCCUCUCUCUCGGGCUAGCGUUACAGCCGGUGGCUCAUUUCCGGUGGGGGUGCCGCGCCCAGUGAGGGCCCGGAAGUGGGUCGCGCUAAGACCGCUGGGCGGUUCUUGCCGGAAGUGGAGAGCGGCUGAUCGCAGUCCGGAGGUGAGGCGGAACUCUUAAGGUGAGGGUUGGUGGUUGGUUAAGGAUUGGGGUGGUCUUUGGGGCCCACCGGGUCCUGGCCGUUCCUAACGGCCUUGUUAGCUUACGCGCAAUUGGGGAGUCCUGCUGAAAGGGUCGGGGUUGGAGCCCUUCGGCCAUCCGGGGCUCCUGGGUGCGGUCUCUUGAGGUGAGGCUGGGGUACCACAUUGAGCCGGGAAGUCCUGAGGAAGCCACUUUCCCCUUCAUUUCGCAGCUCUGCCUAUCAGCCUCCGCGGAGGCCUGAUUCCUAAAGGUAUCCUAACUAACUGAAUGGAACCUGUGAGACCUUAGAAUUUCCUUCUGACCAGGUCUUGUUCCCAUUGCUUGGAUGGGUAACUUGAUCUCGGAGAAGAAAAGAUCUGGUUUUAGAGAGAGGUUUCCAGACCCAGAUCCUUUCCACAGUCAUUUCCUUGGAACCUCUCUAACUUUCGAUCUGGGCAGCUGCAGGUUAAAGGCUAUCUGGUUUGUAGAAUUAAAAAAAAAAGUUAAAAAUUUGGAAUGCCUGUUAAAUUUAAGGUAGGCUAGUAAGCCCUGCGUUUGCAAUCGGCGAGCUCCCCUUACACUUAGACUGCCACUGUUAACUAGAAAUCCAAGCUAACUUUAUGGGAGGUGCUGGCCACUUCUGGGUCUGAAGUCAGAUGAUUCAGGUUGGGUCUGGCACAGUUGCCAAGUGCCUGUGGCCAUAGGAUUGCUGUGUUUAUUCUGUGUUGGCAAUAUGGAAGAUUUCAUUGAAUACAGUUUUGAAAAGUCUAGUCCUUGACCCUAUUAAGUUAACAGUGGAAGACAGUUAAAUAGUUUUAAAGGUGGUGAGGAUGCUGAGGAAGGAUGCAGCAAGGGAGUCAGGAACCUUUUUGAAAGAUCAGGGGCGUGGGGGGGGGUGAGAAUACAUUAGAUAGAGGUUAGUAUCAGAACUGUCCCGUGAAGCUCUUUGUCUUGCUUUCCCUCGAAGUGAAAAUCCAGGGUUAGGACAGCACAUUUCAUCAUUUGCCAAGCAUUUAUUGGACCUCAGUAUGUGUGAAAAAGCAUGAGAUUAGGCACUUAGCCCUUGUGGCUUAGGAAUACACUUGUUCUCUUGUGGGAUGUGCAGUAUGGGAGGAGCCAACAAAUCAACGGUGGCUGAGUGUGUGCACUGUGCGAGCACAGAGGCACUGAGAACAGGAGAAAUAUCAGAGCCACACUUGUAGGCAGAAAUGAGGGACUUGAGUGUUUCAAGAUUUCCUUAGGCAUAUAAUAAGCCUGAGAAACGAAUUUCUAGGCAGAGUACUGUAGAUGGAAAGGCAUAGAGACCUAGGCACGUGAAAGACAGUGACUAGUCAGUUUUGUUGCGGUUUCGGUAUUACUUGGAGAAGUGGAGAAAAUGAGAGGUUGUGGAGUCAAAUAGGGAGGCCCUUGGAAGCAUGCUAAUGAAUUUGGAUUUUAGCCUGGAAGCUAUGUGGAUACUUUGAAGGGUUUUCCCACUUGGCAGAAUGGGAAGGGACCAGCUACUGGAGUAGGUCAAUAGUUGAAAGCUGUUGCUGUGUCAUGGCUUGAGCUAGAGAGGGGCAGUGGAAAUGACCGAGAGGGGUCGUGUUAGAGCAGUAUUAAACUGGAGUCUUGGCCAUAUGUGGUCGUGUGUGUCUGUAAUGUCAGCACCUGGGGUUUGAGGCAGGAGAGUCACGAGCUGAAGCCUGGGGCAAAUACGAAGGCUGGAAUCCAAGGAACUGGAGGUUGUUAUUUUCAGGAGUAAAGAAAUAGUUGUAGUCUAGAAAUUGCUGCUCUUCUGGCCUCAGAUACUGAUGGUACCAUUUAGAUAAGGAAUAUAAAAGGCUCUUUGGAAAGAGAAGUAAAACCAUGAAGUGACAAAGAAAAACAAAGUCUGGAGCCUUCUGGGUAUCAGUACCCCUAAGCACAGAUGUGAACGUGCUGGUCUAGCCAGGGCAGAUUGUAAAGGUGUGGAGAAGAGGGUGUGACCUGUACUGCUCAGAGGAAUACUCAGGCCUGGAGUUUGGUAGAAACUGGGAGUGGGGUGGGGUGUCUGGCAGGCUGUCAGGGGCUUUGGAUGUCUUCAUCUGAAUGUGUCUGGAUUUUAUCUUGUAGUUGUUGGUUUACCAAUCGAGUUGCUGUAGCCCAGCAUGUAAAGCUCUCUGUGGGUACUUCCUACCUUGCAGAAAUACUCUGUAGGUCAACUGAGCAUAUUAAUGGUGCAGAGAAGUUUAAUAAAAUUGGUGGCAUUGAAAGCAUGUUAAAGUAUAACUUAAGUCUGCAGACCAAGUGGUAGGUAGGGACAGGAGACUUCUCGAGUGCAGCUGGCUCUGAGGAGGCAUUGUUGGUGCAAUGUUUCCAUCCUGAGGGGGGAUUUUUUUCAACCACGUUCAUGAUAGUGCAUGAGUUUUUGUUGUUUUUUUUUUUUUUUUUUUUUUUUUUUUUUUUUUUUUUUUAAACUGGAGACUGGUUUAAAAGAACGACUUCUUCAUUUUGGUUUUCUGUGAAACUAUAAGUACAAGGUUCAUUUUGCUUAAAAAAAGCAAAUACAAAGCCUUAUUGGAAGUAAAACCCUUUGGCUUGAAAUUUAACGCUGAGAUUUGAAACCCGAGGACCAUACAUUGUGUCUUACCAAGGGUUGUGAUUAUUUCUUUAAAUACCAUCAUCAGUUUAUCUGUCAUUAACCUGUCUUCUGAACCUAACACUCCAGCUUCUGUACCAUAGUGAAUCUUUUAAAGUUCUUGAAAAAUUUUUUUGCACCUUUUGUCCAUUAUUCUCACGGACUUCAUAGUCCCAAAGAACCAAGUCUAAAUUUCUUUUCCAGCUUACCAGCCCUCUACAAUUAGACUUUGAUGUGUUGUGCUUCGUUGUAUUGUAUUUUAUUUUGUUCUAGAAGUGUUCGCUAUUCAACCCAGGGCUUUGUGCUUGCCUGUCUACCAAUGAGCUGUGGCACAGCCCCACUCAGACACUUGUCUAAAUUAAUUUUCAGACUUGACUUUCUAAUUUAGAUUAGCAUUUUAUGUGAGUCAUUUGUUCUCCCCUUAUGCUUCUUAUAUUAGACCAGCUUUUUCCCCCCCAACUUUGGCACAGUUGACAUUCGGGGCUGUCCUGUAAGAUGCUUGGCGGCAUCCCUGGCCUCUAUCCAUUGGAUGCUGGUAUCACUUCCUCAGUUGUGAUAGCCAAAAACGUCUUGAGAUAUUGUUAAAUGUUUCCUGGAGGAAAGAAUUUUUCCUGGUGGAGAACUGCUUAAGAAAACUUCGUAGGUGGGCUGGGGCAAUGGCUUAUAAUAUAAAGACCCCUGCUGCUAAACACAGCCCUUGAGUUCUCUCCUUGGGACUCACAUGGUGGAAGGAGAGAUCUGACUCCUGCAAGUUGUCCUCUGACCUCUGCCCACGCCCUGUAGCAUGUAGGCAUCCACACACAAUAAACAAGAGUAAUAGAAAACAUAGCUGUGUUCCUACAGGGUCUUAUUUCCUCAGCUAAUGCCUCCGCGGAGACUCUGAGCUGGAUUCAGCACAGCGUAUGGCACAUUAUAAGCAUCAUACUCUUGAUGGAUAAAUCAUUUGUUUUCAUUAAGAUACUGGGAAGUUAUUGUGCUUUCAAGGAAGUCCUCACCACCCUCCUAAGACCCCUGUUUCACUUACUUAGUUUUUUUAACACUCAUUUUUUAUUUUAUGUGUAUUUGUGUCCCAAGUGUAUGUAUGUACACCAUGUUCAUGUUGGUUAUCAUGGAGGCCAGAAGAAGAAACUGGAGUUACAAAUGGCUGUAACUGCCUGGUAUGGAACUGGGAACCUCAGGGUCUUUUCUGAAAGCAGCUGCCCAUAACCACUGAGUCGGGGCUCCGGCGGCCUGGCUUGCAGUCCUUUAAUAGAGAAAGGCCGGUGAUUGGCUGCAGGUUUGUGUUGGUUACCUGGAAGGCUAGCAGAGUUGCCUCUCCCUGAUGGUAUGGAUACGUAGACUCCGCUUUGGUCAUGUUCGGAUUGCUAGCAGUUAGCUCGCUUGGGUUUAGCGGAUGGGGAUCGCAGAGUUGAUAGUCUUGUAGUUUCUUCCUUUAAAUUAACAUAACUUUUUCACCAUAAAACUUUCUUCUUGAUAUACCGUUAUGUAAACCCAACUAAAAAAAAGUCAAAGCUCUAAAAAUAUUCCUCUGCUACAGUGCAGCUUUGUCUGCCUUCUAUUACCAGACAUGUGCCAAACUUUUCCAUUUGGCUGGAAAAUGGCUGAAAUGUUUAAUGGAAGGAAUAAACAGCCUUGCUAUUUUUGUUUGAGGUUUUUUUUGGGGGUGGGGGAGUGUUUUUAGCUCUUUUCUUCCUCCAGAGGCCAUUACAACUUCUAUAUUUAAAUUAAUUAUAGACUUAGAAUCACAGAUCUUUUCAUAUCUAUAGCUGUAGCUGAAUCAUGGCUAAGGAUGGAUAUCAUCUUUGGAAAUAUCUUUAUGUUUGUGAGUUGGAAAGGCUGUUCUAUUAAAGCACCCACCCAGGCUGAAAUCAGCAGUGCAGUUGUUCGCUACUCAAUAUAGACACAGUGAAGUAAGAAGGGCCUGCUGAAUGUUCAUUGUACUCUUUUCAGUCUAAGGGAGAGAGGAUUCAUAGCCACACAGUUAUCUGUUAGCCCCAAACCAUUGAAACAGCUAGUUCCCAAGUCUGACUUCAGCUUAGGCCAUAUUACUCCUUUCACCUCACACGCCACGCCUGGAGUCUCAGAUAGAGGACCGCAGCAGGAGGGAAUAGGAGACCAGCCCUGAUAUUGACUUGGAUUCCUUCCCUCCGUAGAAGAUAGGCUUUUCUUUUCUCUUUUAAUCUAAUCCUCAGGUGGCAGUGACUUGGGCACUAAAUGUCAUUGGUUUCAUCGGUGAAACCAAAAUCUUAGGGAAGAAGAGUGGCUCCUGAUCCGGGUUAGAUUUAGAUGACAUCUUUACAGAGUUGAUUCUUUGGUUUCUGGGUUAAGUCAGCUGUCUUAGAAUUUCUGUUGUUGCAACAAACACCGUGACCAAAAAGCAGGUUGGGGAGGAAAGGGUUUAUUUGGCUUACACUUCCACAACACUGUUCAUCAUUGAAGGAGGUCAGGACAGGAACAGGGCAGGAGCUUAGACAGAAAUAAGGAGGAGUGCUGUUUACUGGCUGGCUUCCCACGCCUUGUGCAGUCCCCUUCUUAUCCAACCCAGGACUACCUGCCCAGGGAUGGCACUGUCACAAAUGGCCUGGGCUUCCCCCAUUGAUCACUAAUUAAGAUGCCUUACAGCUGGAUCUUACGGAGGCAUUUUUCUCCGUUUAGGGUCUCCUUUCUCUCUGAUAGCUCUAGCUUGUGUCCGGUUGAUAAAAAAACCAACCAGAACAUCAGUCUGCAUGUAGGCCUUUCCUAUUAGCAUGUCCAGAACCUAGCACUAAGAAUUUCUAUGUAUCAUUAGGGAUAGAACUAACUAAUGCAUUAUAGCGCUGUGCUGGCUCGAAAGAGACAACCCAGGAGCUAGUGGUCUCCCUCAUUCCCCAGUCUUUUUUUGAAAUAGGAUCUCAGUAUGUAGACCAGCGGCCUCUGCUUCCUGGGUACUGGAUUAAAGACUUUCUUUAUUUCUUAAACACUAUACUUCUAUGUCAAUGUUAAGCAAAAAAGGGUAAUUUGCUGAAAACUCGGUAAUGUACUAGCUAUUGUAAAUCUUAUUUUCAAAAAUUUUUCCCUCCUUAGACCAUUUAGCUGUUCCCCAAAACCAGGAGCCCCAGGUACAUUGACUGUAGAUGGGUAGAUAGGUAACAUUGCACUGAACAUCUUGGUGUUAUCCCUUUCAGUACAUUGUAACAGUUUACUUUCUUAGGAUGAAAUCUCAACAGGCUUAAAAGACAAGACCAAGAAAGCAUUUUUUUUUCUUUCUUCGUUCUCUCUCAUUUUUUUGUUUAGGUUUUGUUUUGUUUUUGUUUUUGGGACAGGGUUUCUUUGCGUAGCCCUGGCUGUCCUAGAUUUCAUUCUGUAGGCCAUGCUGGUCUUGAACUCAGAGACUUACCUGCCUCUGCCUCCCGAGUGCUGGAAUUAAAGGUGUGCACCACCACUGCCAGGACAAGAGAAGAAUUUUAAGGGCAGUUGGCUUAUUAAGAAUAUAGGCUGACUUGGACAAUUGUUUUCAUUUCCGUUUUAUAUGAACUGAUGACUUAGACCUCCCAUGGGAUAAAGUAGAAACCAUUUCUCACUAUUGGUUUAAUGGCCUCUUGAGUUGUGAGCAGAGCUGCUGUGGUGACCCAGCCCGUGGCCUUGUGCAUGAGUUAAUGAAUAGUAAGAAGUUGUUGGGAUGAAGAGAUCCAGAGGUUCCUAGUUGCCUACGUAGCUCAGUGGCUCAGUGUAGUGCGUACGAGGCCAGGCUCUGGGCUCUGUCUCUAGUACCACAAAAUACAGAAUGAUGCACACGGAGCAGUUUUGGCAAGCCACUUCUAGUUUUUCUUGGUUUCAGACUGCAAAAGAAAUUGCUGGGGAAUCAGGCUCAUAGUUUCCUUCUACCCUGCAUGGUGAUGUCAUGAAGCUUUUCUUGCCAGUGACUUAUAAACAUUAUCUCCAGUCUUGAUCCUUUCCCAGGCUCUCUGUCUAAAUACCUAUUGGACAUUUUUAUUUAGAAUCUUCAUUUUCUCUUCAGACUCUGUACAUCUGAAGCAGACAUCCUUUUUUUUUUUUUCUUCUGUAACUAUAACCUGCUACUGCCCUAACGUCAUUCUCGUAAGGGCCCCAUACUUGUAACUCUAGACUUGCCCUCCUCUCCCUUCUGAAUGCUGUAGUGCUUUCAGUCAGGACCACACAGUUGCCCUUGUUCUGUCUGGUUCACACUCGUGUGUGCCCUCCAAGGGCAGAGCUGAGAGCAGUGGGUGGAAGUUGCAGGGAGGCAAGUUUGCCUCCAUAUAAGGAAUACUUUGAGCUGUCUGAGUAGAGUGGGCUGUCUCAGAAGUCUAGGAUUCUCUGUCCCUGAAGGUGCUUGAUCACAGGCUGCCCAGCUAAUUGCUAAGAAUGUUGAAGGGACCACUGUGGCACCGAAUGGAGUUUUUGUAAGCAGGUGGAACAUUAUGGCUGACAUGCAAAAUCUUGUAGAAAGAUUGGAGAGGGCAGUGGGCCGCCUGGAGGCGGUGUCACAUACUUCUGACAUGCACUGUGGAUAUGGAGACAGUCCUUCAAAAGGAGCAGUUCCAUAUGUGCAAGCAUUUGACUCGCUGCUUGCCAAUCCCGUGGCGGAGUACUUGAAGAUGAGUAAGGAGAUUGGGGGAGAUGUGCAGAAACACGCGGAGAUGGUCCACACAGGCCUGAAGUUGGAGCGAGCUCUCCUGGUUACAGCUUCUCAGUGCCAGCAGCCAGCCGGUAAUAAACUCUCGGAUUUGUUGGCCCCUAUCUCGGAGCAGAUCCAGGAAGUUAUAACCUUCCGGGAGAAGAACCGAGGCAGCAAGUUUUUCAAUCAUCUAUCAGCUGUCAGUGAAAGCAUCCAGGCCCUGGGCUGGGUGGCUCUGGCUGCGAAACCCGGCCCCUUUGUGAAAGAGAUGAAUGAUGCCGCCAUGUUUUACACAAACCGAGUCCUCAAGGAGUACAGAGAUGUGGAUAAAAAGCAUGUGGACUGGGUUAGAGCUUACUUGAGUAUAUGGACAGAACUGCAGGCUUACAUCAAGGAGUUCCAUACCACUGGCCUGGCCUGGAGCAAGACGGGGCCUGUGGCAAAAGAACUGAGUGGAUUGCCAUCUGGACCUUCUGUGGGAUCAGGCCCACCUCCUCCCCCACCAGGCCCUCCUCCUCCCCCAGUUCCUACCAGUUCUGGCUCUGACGACUCUGCUUCACGCUCAGCACUGUUUGCACAGAUUAAUCAGGGGGAAAGCAUCACACAUGCCCUGAAACAUGUAUCUGAUGACAUGAAGACUCACAAGAACCCUGCCCUGAAAGCUCAGAGUGGUCCAGUUCGGAGUGGCCCCAAACCAUUCUCUGCACCUAAACCCCAAACUAGCCCCUCCCCCAAACCAGCCACAAAGAAGGAGCCAGCUCUGCUGGAACUGGAAGGCAAGAAAUGGAGAGUGGAAAACCAGGAGAAUGUUUCCAACCUGGUGAUCGAUGACACUGAGCUGAAGCAGGUGGCUUACAUCUACAAGUGUGUCAACACGACAUUGCAAAUCAAGGGCAAAAUCAAUUCCAUUACAGUAGAUAACUGUAAGAAGCUUGGCCUGGUGUUUGAUGACGUGGUGGGCAUUGUGGAGAUAAUCAAUAGUAGGGAUGUCAAAGUUCAGGUGAUGGGAAAAGUGCCAACCAUUUCCAUUAACAAAACAGAUGGCUGCCACGCUUACCUGAGUAAGAACUCCCUGGACUGCGAGAUAGUCAGUGCCAAAUCUUCUGAGAUGAACGUCCUCAUUCCUACAGAAGGCGGUGAUUUUAACGAGUUCCCAGUCCCUGAGCAGUUCAAGACCUUGUGGAACGGACAGAAGUUGGUCACCACAGUGACAGAAAUCGCUGGAUAAGUGAAUGCAUGGGUCCUGUGCCCUCUCCCUUCACACCAUGGGAUACAUCUGUAUGGAGACGGUUCUUUUCUAGAUUUCCUCUACCUUUCUGCUCUUAAACUGCUUCUCUGCUCUGAGAAGCCCAGCUACCUGCCUUCACUGAAUAUACCUCAGGCUGAGACGGGCGGGACAGCAGGUCAGUGGAUUUUCACCGGAAGGUGCAGCUUCUCCACAUCAGCGCGGCUGCACCGCAGUCCGAGCUUAUGGAGCUUCCGGCCCAGACUGGGACACUGAAGCUUUCAGCUCUGGGGUCAUUCUACCAACAAACAGUCCUUGAGGGUUCAAGACACCCUGGAAUGCAUGCUGUUCUAACAGUGAGCAUGGAGGUAGCGGGAGCCAGUGAUUCCAUGAGGUUCUAGCCAACCUAGUUUUCAGCGUUGACAAGUGAGGCCAGGGUUGCUCUUGACCAAAAGCUAAGCAUUGCCACCCAGCAUUCCAAGCAGACUUGUUUCCUAGAAGCAUCCUUCAUUCUGCAUUCCAUCCUGGGUCGGCAUCUACCACACACAGCAGGCAUUCCUCUUGCAGCUGCAGGACAGUAGCAGUUCCCAAAAAGUCUUAACCCCCUCCCCCGCCCCGAUUCCCAUGGGGGAACAACUUAGAAAAAAGGGGGGAAGAAAAACACAGCAUUCCAAGGAGUCUGGCGGUCCUCCUUCCUGCCAGAUGACUGUCACCGUGUCCACUCCUCCUGCUUGUCACGCUCAGCAGCUGAGGCCUCCUCGUAGGGACCUGGAUAGGGCUAAGACCUCCACUGCAGCUGUUUGGGGCUUGGUUUACACCAGAGUCUUGCACAGCAUUGGUAUCGCAAACCCAGAAUUCUCUCUAGGACACACUGACCAAAAUAUGCAACCUUUUUUUUUUUUUUUUGUGGGAAAAGAGGAAGAGAGAUUGUCCUGUGACUUCUGCCCAUUACCUGAGGCCUGUGGAAAUAAACCUUUAUGUACUUAAAGUUAUACAGAAAAUAGAAUAAAGUUAAUACCAAACUUG